AUGGGACGGAACUUACUAAUGAGUAGUCUUGAAAAUGCAUCAUUUAAUAUAAUCUUCCAAAUAAUAUUCCGUUGUGUAACAUUCAUUAUCAAUGCAUGGGUGAUUAGGAAUGUUGGUCAUGAGGUGUUAGGUAUCAUGAAUGUGCGCCUGUUGCUGCUAGAGAGCACAAUCUUGUUUCUCAGUAGGGAGCCAUUCACCCGGGCAUGCCUUGGACAAAAAGAAGAAUUCAGCUGGCAUCAAAUUGUUAACCAAAUUUGGCUUUCUGUUCCUCUCAGCUGUGUUCUGUCAUUGGUGUUUGUUUACAUCUGGCUGCACAUAUUACCUCUGGGCAAUCCAGAAUAUGCUUUUCAGUAUGCAUUUGGCUGCUGGAGUGUAGCACUGUCUUGUGUCAUAGAGUUAUGUUCAGCCAACAUGGCAUUACUUGCACAACUGUUCUGUUUUGUUAAAUUAAGAGUAGCAUUAGACACUUUGCAUAUUUUCACAAGGACGGUUAUAUUCUUAUCUAUAAUUAUCUAUGAUAGGUCUUUAGCCUUGAUUGCAUUUUCAUUAGCACAAGUGGGCAGCAUUGCAGCUGUUGCCAUUUUCUAUUAUUUGUUUUUCUAUUGGUACAUUAAAAACAAACCGUUAUAUGCCAAGGGCGCUCUUAAGAACAGCUAUGUGCCGGAUAAUAUUUUGCAAAAAUUAUACGAGAAUGUUGAUGACUUUAAUUUUACAUCUCUUAAAGAUUUCUUACCUAAAUGGUUGGGAUCUGUGAAUUCAUCAUUUAAUAAGAAAUUAAGUGCUUUAACUGUAAGUUUUGCUAAACAGGGUGUUGUGAAACAGUUGUUGACAGAAGGGGAGAAGUAUGUGAUGUCUGUAAGCCCUGUCAUGAGCUUUUCAGAGCAGGCGACUUAUGACGUGGUUAAUAAUUUAGGCAGUCUGGCAGCCAGGUUCAUAUUUAGACCCAUUGAGGACAGUAGCUACUUCUAUUUUACUCAAAUGGUGAGCAGAGACUUGCCACUACAUAAGCAAGACCAGUACAAGAUACAGGAGUCCUGUGUUGUUUUGUCUCAAGUCUGCAAGACUGUUAGUUCAAUUGGGUUGAUUGUGUUAGUGUUUGGUCAGAGCUAUGCUCACACAUUACUGUGGAUGUAUGGCGGAGAAGCAUUUGUUGCAAGUGGAUUGCCAGUGCAAUUACUCCGUAGCCACUGUCUGGCAAUAGUCCUUCUAGCUGUUAAUGGUGUCACUGAAUGCUACACAUUUGCUACAAUGACAAGUGCACAAUUGAACAGCUAUAAUUAUUUAAUGGUAUUCUUUUCCAUAAGUUUUUUGUUUUUAUCCUACAUUUUGACUUAUACAUUUGGACCAGUAGGUUUUAUAAUUUCUAAUUGUAUCAAUAUGUUUGCCAGAAUCAUGCAUAGUAUUCAUUUUAUAAGUAACAAAUACAAAAAUACUGGUUAUAAGCCAUUAGAUGGACUGAAUGUUGGAAAAGUCUUCCUCUUGGUGUUGUUUAUAGCAGGGUGUAUUUGCAAAAUCUCAGAAAAUAAAUUGUUACAUGUGUCUAUCAUACUGCACAUAGUUAUUGGUGCGGUGUGUUUUGCAUCAGUCCUGCUGGCUUGGGCUUAUGAAAACAGACAACUUGUUAUUAAAAUGUACAAAAAAGUCUUUCAGGCAGGGGAGACGAAAGAGAAAAUAUCAGUUGACUAGCAUAAGAAUGUUUGGUUAGUUUAGAAUGUUACAGACUAGAGUUUUAUUGUAUUUAUCAAAUAAAGACAUGUUUUAUUCACAUUAAA